AUGAUACAGGGUCACGAUACUCUGUUGCAAGAACUCAGUGAUGUUCGCACAUCUCUUCAAGAAGCUGUCAAGGGAGAAAGGGCACGCCUGGAGCAAAGUUUAAAUGGCCUACGCCGCCAGAUACAAGACAAUGAGCGAACGAUCAAGGCUCUCAUUGACGCCAAAAAGAAUGCAGAGGGUUCUGCUACAAAAUUCCGCGGCGAGAAGGAAACGAUGCAAGCGCGCAUGGAAUCCAUGGGCAAAAAGAUUACCAAACUUAAAGAUGAAGUGCAACAAUCAAGUCAGCGUUAUGAUGCGAGCGUCAAGAUGUUGAACGAUGUCCAGGAAUCUCUCACCACUGUCCGAUCUUUCCUAGUUCCGCUGCAAGGGAUAGAUGACGCUAAAAGAACCGCCAUUCAUGAUGGCUUGGCAGAUCUGUUCCAUAGCGCAUUGGACCUGUUCCAAUCUGCUAUCUAUCACGACAUUAGCGAUGAGAUCAUAGCUGGAGGUAGCUUGACGUCACACGCGUUCCCACUCCCAGCAUCAAAUUCUGCCGCGGCGAAGCAAAUGAGAGUUGUGGCCGGACUGGCAGCGUGUGGGGAGGCCCUUGAGAGGCACCUGUUUCGUGACUCUUUCUUGACGCAUGACCAUGAACUGGACAAACAGCUGCACCGCCUUGCAAGUACUGACCGCCUACAUCAUGCGUACUUGCGCGCGGCUCUGGCAAAAGUGCUACCAGCGACGCAGAAGCAAGUCCAGAACAGUGGAGCUGAAAAGGUGAUCAUCGAUGUCAUGCUCGCUGUUGGCAAAUGGUCUCCAGAUGAGCAGGCACUGAGGUCUGGAUUGCAGCGUAUCUGCGACAAGGCAAUGGACUGUUGGGCGCUGGCUCAAUCGCUGGAAGACAGGAUCUGGCCAGACUUCAGCUUUGAGCUACCAGAAGACUGGCAGCAGCUACCAAUACCACGCACGUGUACUACACCGACAGCCAGCACAUCAAACGGAAAAAAAGUGCCAAACACAGACAAGACGCAGAACAGCGCGCCAAAUCUCGAGCCACCCCUGAUCCUCAGUAGUGACGUCGUUAAAGUUGUGUGGCCGACAUUUUUCGCUGCUGAGCCUCAAAUUCCUGGCAGCGCCGACGCGACAGAUCAAGACAGACUGCACUGCGGCGACUUGAUUCUGAUAGGGCGGGAUGGGCGAUGGGAAACUCUGUGGUUGGUCGCAAUAUUGGAUUUCUAUGAUUUGUAA